CAACUUAUGUAUUAUUUCCAAUUAGCUUCUUGUUUUGAAUGACACGUUUAAAAAACACUUCUUUCAGCUAGUUCAUCAUUCUGCUUCACUUGUGAGUGAACUUGAGUGAACUUUGUACUUCUGCGUAUGUCCACACAGAAGUUCCCGAUGCGCCACGCCUGGCUGCAGCUAAAGAUUUUGUUUCCAAAGCAGAUUCCGGUUGCCUUUGUAAUACACUUGUUUUCUCAUAAUCUCUGAAGCAAACAAUGAGGGUUUGAGGCAGAUGGCUUGUAUAGACUUGUAUAUCUGCACAUCAGGAGACAGCUGUCGACUCUAUUAAUUCAUGUAAGGAUCAGGAAACCAGGAUUUGAACUGUGUCCUUUGGAGGAUGACUUUUUGUUUUCCAUUUUUCUGGGUACUGUAAUUUAGGUGCUAAGAGGAUAAGAAGGAGUGGCCAGACUUCCUGGCUUCCUGGUAUUGAUGGCUCUCCAUCUUACUCUGUCAGACUAGCCUUCCCUGAUCCCAUAGCUUCGCAGAUAAAGCUCUCCAUCGUCACUGUGAUUGUGCUAAAGGGAAGUGCUAACACCUCCGUAGUUUCAUUGUCCAGAUAGUUCAUGCUAAGUGCCUGUGGAUGCUAAGAGACACCCUAUCACCCCACAGAGAGCACUGGUUAAAAGGGAGAUGCUCAUUGAGACAGCAGCCAAAACUGUUUGGAGUACUUGAAGGUUCUACGAGAUCCUUAAGUAGGAAUUUUCUUCAGACACAACACAUUUAAGUGAGAUGAACUGUAGUGUAAUAAGAGUAAGUUACUGUUGCAUCUGCGUGUGUGUCCUGGUUCACGGAGUACACUGUGGGUCAGAGAAGAUAAGCGGGGGAGAGGUAGAAAUGUACAUCAGUUGGCAGAAUGCUUGCCUAGCAUGCAUGAAGCCCUGGCUUCAACCCCAGGCACUCCAUAAAGUCAGAUUCCCACGCUCAGAGAGUGAAGGCAGGAGGAUCAGAAAUUGAAGGCCUUCCUCGGCUGUUUAGAAAUUCAAAGACAGUCUGGAGGAACUGCCUCUAACAUGAUUCAGGAAGGUUCCUGGAGAAGGCUGCUGGUAAGCAGACGAUGUUUCAGCUCUGGGGAAAAUAAAGGCUUUUAAGUAGCAUAUGAGAAGAGAAGCAAACACAGAAUCAGGAGUAGCUAGCAGGGAUGUUGUGGGGGCUGAGGGACCACUGCAAACGAAGGCCGGAGUUGCUUGGGUAAGAAUCAGUUGAGCCAUUGCAAACCUCCAGAAGUUUAAUUUUUAUUUGGAAAGCACCUGAGGGCUAUGGAAAGAGGAAGGCUUGGAGCUUAAUUUUGCAGCUUGAAAUGAUAUUGCUUCAGUGUGUGGAACAAAAAUACAACAAUGGCACAUGAGAAGAUAAAUGGAGGUGAGUUGUCCCAGUGAGGUACCACCAGCAUGGGUUUUCAUGGUAGCCAUGGACAUAGGGUGACACAGACAGCCUCUCAAACUUCAAGGAGGAUUUGAGGUGGUAAGAGUAACUGAGUGAGUCAGCACCUGGAUUGGGUCAUCAUACUAUGAGACAGAGAACUCUGGGGAGGAGAGUUUAUUUGGGGGAAGAAAGGUGAAAUUCGCUUUGUGAGUACAUCAGAGGCACUCUAAACUUAUCGGCAGGUGUUUGAGUUUGAUCUCAGAAGAGACAGAAUGUAGCAAUUGUUGGCAGGUAAUUGAAGCUCUAAACAAGGAAGGAGUCCUUUAGAGUAGGGAGUCAUUCGGUGUCACCCCACCUAGGUCAGUCACUGUGACUAACACCCACUCCAGUGUCCAGCCCUAUACUCAGAUGGGAAUCUAAGAUGUGCUGGCUUAUAGUUUGCUGAGGCACUGAAGCAUACAACCCCCUUGCUUUCCCUAUGCAUCCCCCCACCCCCACCUUCACCCCAUCCCAACCCCUCAGGGCUUUCUCUGCCACCUAGUGUUUGGAGUCAGAACUCAAAAUUCAAGAGUCCUCCCCAGGAGGAUCCCAAUCUACCCUGAAGUCUUGAGGCAGACUGCACAUAACAUUUACAUAUCUGUGACCCACCACCCCAUCCUGCAGGGUCCUGAUCUGCUUCCUGCCUCAAGCUGUUCCUUCUCUGGAUGCCUGCUCUUUGAUUCUUUUUCUGCUCACAAUUCAUUCUCCUACCCUUUGAUACCCAAGUCAAACCUGUUCUGUUUCCUAAAGCUUUCCCAAGCCCCACAAGGACUAGGCUGCCCCUUCCAGAAGCGCUCCUUGGUACAUUUCUAAAUGUUCUAACUAGCUCUGAAUCCCGUGCUUGCCCUUGGUGUUCUUCAGAAAGAGAUCUCAGAAUAUUCAAACUAGAAAGAAGCCCAUUCAGGACUGUGCAGAAAACAGGGAUGCAAAUGUCAAGUGGAGAUGAGGAAAGGGGUUGUUACAUCUAUACCUCAAGUGGACAAGAUUUUACACUUGGGUCUCAAUAGAACCUGGGCCCUUUCUUCUCUGUAAUUCAAAAUUCAGUGAUAGCUGAGACUGAAAGAUAAAUCUGAGGGUAGGAAAACCUGCUGAACUUUGCCGAGCCUCCUGUAAUAUCCUUCAACCUCACUGGGACCCCGUAAAACUGAGCUGAUAAAGCAGAUUUUGGUGGCUACCCCAAGAUUUGCUUGCUGUUGCCCAUAGAAGGGCAUAGAGAGCCAUCCACUGAUGUGCAGGGAUGCGAAUUCAGGCAGGAAAACGAUGAUGAGAACAGACAGGUGGGGGAGGCGAUGAGGGAAUUAAGGGCUUUGGGCACCGGCCGUCACGUGACCUGUCUGUUCCCAGAUUACCCACCUUAGCUCUCCAUGAGGUUGUCCUAGGGACAGGAUGACCGACCAGUGACCCCAAGCAGCAGGGUUUUGUUUCGUCCUGUCUGUGAUGACAGAUUGUGUGGAGCCAGAGCCAUACCCUGGUCCAUGCUCCUCUCAUUUGCAAACUGCCAGGCUAUGUACGUUCAGGAGUUCACUUUGUAUUAUAGGUAGUUUUGAGCUUGAAUUCCGUGUGAAAGGUUUUUUUUUUCCUUUGUAUUGUUGCUGUUGUUUGUUUGCUGUUAUUUUGGUUUGCUUUUUCCAAAGUAGUGAACUUCUUGUAUUGCUAAAUCAAGGGCAGAUAACACUACAGUGCUAUCCAAAUGACAAGUGAUAUGAAGAUGAGUUUUUAAUUCUAGGAUUUCUGCCUCGGUAGGCACUGUGGACUAGUACUGACUACUUCCUUACCGACAGUGCAUAAAUAUGAGUCACCCGUUCUGGUUGUCUCUAAACUCUGAUGACUAGGACUUCUAACUUUAAUCCAGUUUAUCAGUAUUGUCUUCAUGGCUAGCCUAUUUCUUUGUAUUUAUAUACACGUGAUACUGGGGAUUAGCCAAGGGCUUCCUGUCUGCUAAGCAAGCACUCCACCACUGAGCUCUGUAGCCCCAGCCCUCCUCUUACCUUUAUGUUAAGACAGAGUCUUACUAAAUUGCCAGGCCUGAUUUAACCUCAUUCUAUAACCCAGGUAGGCAUUGAACUUGUGAUCCUCCUGCCUCGGACUUCUGAGUGCUGAGAUUAUAGACCUGUGCCACCCAGACCUAUGCCACCCAGGCCUAUGCCACCCAGACUGGCUCUGCAUCCUUGGUCUUUUAUAAACUUCUUUAUGAAGCAGCCCCAUGCUCCUAGCAGUAUUUUUUAUUUUUUUGCAACAGGGUUUCUUUGUGUAACCACCCUAACUGUUCUGGGCCUCAAGUUGUAGACCAGGUUGGCCUCAAAUUCACAGAGAUCCACCUGCCUCUGCUUCCUGAGUGCUUGGAUUAAAAGCACCACUGUCCAGCUGCCCCAGCAGUCUUUACCUCCAUCCUGGGCUGUCAGAGAUACCAGAGUGUGAUGGUGGACUUGAGCCGAAGGAUUCCUUUAUGGGUAUUGAAGUCCAGAGCAAGAAAAGCAUCCUGACUCUAAAGUAUCCAUCCCAUGGAACAAGGCACCUGGGUCGACAUGGAGAUGAUCUAGUACCACACCUUCUACAAUGAGGUGUGUGUAGCCCCAAAGGAGUAUCCCAUGGUGCUCUCUGAGGCUCCCCCUGAACCCUAAAAGCAACCAUAAAAGAUUACCUAGAUCAUGUUCAAAACCUUUGACACCCAAGCCAUUACAUAGCCACGUGGGAUGUGCUAUCCCUGCAUAAGCUUGAUGGGACCAUGAACUCUGGAGACAGAGUCACCUGCGCUGCUACCAUCAACAAAGAUUACACUCUCACCCACACUGUGCCAUCUAUGAGGGCUAUGCUCUUACCAAUGCUAUGCCCUUCUGCAAGGGUUGCUCUCUCACCCACACUGUGCCCAUCUACAAGGGUUGUGCUCUCACCCACACCAUCCUGAACCUGACUGUCUUAGACCUGAAAGGUUACCCCAUGAGGAUCUUGACUGAGCAUGGCUACAGCUUCCGCCACUGCCAAAGGGGAAGCUUUGUUAUGUUGUCCUGGACUUGGGACAAGAGACAGCCAUUAUUGCACCCUCCUCCUUCCUGGAGAAGAAGAGCUACUAGCUACCCUACAACCAGGCCAUACUGUUGGCAAAAAGAAGUUCCAUUUCGUUGAGGCACUCUUCAGCCUUCCUGGCUAUAAAAUCCUGUGACAUCCAGAAAACUGUAUUUCCAUUGUGAAGUGUGAUGUAAAAACCUCCAUGCUAACUAGUGAUGUCUGGUGGUACUACCAUGUUCCCAGGCAUGGUCAACAGGAUGCAGGAUAGCACUGCUCUGGCUCACAGCUCUGUGAAGAUCAAGGCCAUUGCCUCUCUGAGCACAGGUACUCUGGAUUGGCAGCCGCAUCCUGACCUCACUGUUUACCAUCCAGCCGAUGUGGAUGGACAGGCAGAACAGUGAGCCACUCAUCCGUCUCCAACAAGGCUUCUGGGUACAGCUUUCCUUGACAAAACCUAACUUGUGCGGGAAAACAUAAGACAACACCGGCAUGGCUUUGUGCUUUGUUUUAAUUUUUUGUUUGUUUUGUUCUAGUGCUUUUGACUCGGGAUUUAAAAACUGCAACAGUGAGGGCGACCACAGCUGGUUGGAGAAGCAUCCUUAAGUUGUACUUUGUGGCUGAAGACUGAUUGAACAUUUUUGUUUAAUAAUAAUUCCAAUAAGAUACUUGGUUACAGGAAGUCCCUCUUCCUCCCAAAAGCUGCCUCCUACUCUAGAAAGGAAGAUGACUCAGUCUAUGUUCUGAGUUCAUGCAGGAGACAUGACAGUAUUGCUUUUGUAUACAUUAUAUUUAUUGCAGAUUUUUAAAUUUUUUCUGCUUUAAUACUUUUUAAUUUUUAUUUUUAUUUUCAAAUAGUCAGUCAUCAUGGCCCCCUUUUUGUCCCCCCAGCUUGAGCUAUGAGAAGGCUUUUGGUCUCCCUGGGAAUGGGCUGAGAUGGUGACACAGCCAAAGGCUUACCUGUGCACAGUCUCCAGCCCAGUUUGAUAAAAGUGAAUGCCUUACAAACGAUCAAAGAAAAGAAGGAUUUAUUUCAGAAUAGAGAGCUGACUCACCUGUUAAGAGCCCUUGCUGCUCCUUCAGUGGACCUGGGCUUAGUUCCCAGCACUCACAUGGUGGCUCACAACUGUAACUCAGUUUCAGGGGAUCUGAUGUCUUCUAGUCUCUAAAAGCACAAGGCACAGCAUGCAGGCAGGUAAAACACUCAGUUUAAAAAAGAAGUGUUUGUUUAUUCCAACACGAUGGCACACACACUUUCAGCUUUGUUGCCUUGCCUGCCAUUCACAUCUAGAACUGUAGGGCUGAACUUAGUGCGUGAGGUGAGGGAGAGGCCAGUGUUUCCAGUUCUGAGGGUCUGCCAUGAUAAGCAAGGAUGCUACCACUACCUAUAUCUUCAGACCCAAGAUUGUUUCUCUUUUCCCUCAAUAUGGGUAUCAUGUUGAUCCCGAACAUUUAUUGAAAAGUCUUUUCUACUGUUCUACAAAGCAAAAUGUCUCAUUAGUCAAGGGUCUGUAUCGUGCGGUCUGCCUCUGGGCUAUUCACUCUUCUGGUCACCUGCCACCACUUUGUUCUGUUUGUUGGUUAGUUGAUUGGGGGAUGUUAGCGGUUGCUUGCUUGGUUUGUUUUUGUUUGUUUUGUUUUGUUUUUUAGUUGUUGAGAAAGGGUCUCACUGUGUAGCCCUGACUGGCAUGGACAGUAGAACAGGCUGACUUGAACUUACAGAUAUUCUCCUGCCUCUGUCUCCCAGUAGUAGAUCUCUGAUUGUCUGUCUUUCUGUCUGUCUGUCUGUCUAUCUGUCUGUCUGUCUGUAGUCUGUCUCCCACAUCCCUCCCCUCUCACCUUAUUUCUUUAAGAUUGCCCUGGUGCUAAAGAAAUGGCUCAGUGCUUAAGAGCAUUUUCUGAGCUCACAGAGGCCAAAAGUUAGGCUCCCAACCCUAUGUUGAGCAGCUCACAACUGCCUAUCUCCGUCUCCAGGCAACCCAGCACUCUUGCCUCUCUGGGAAGCUGUUCUGUUGUGUGCAUACAUCAACUGCAUUCAUGCAGACACACAUUCAAGUUAAAAGAAACUGUCCUGGCUUUUCUUGGUUCUUUGCAUCUCAUUUAGUUUUAGAAUUAGCAUACCAAUUUAUACCCAAAACAUGAUAGAAUUUUAAUCCUUGGGAUCUGUACAUUAGAUUUCCAAGAAUUAUAUAUUGAAGUUUAUCUAUCAUCUUCGACCAGGGUAUGCACCUCUAUUUAAUCUGAUAGCUUUUGAUUUUUUAUAUAGAGGCCUUACACAUACUGUGUUAGAUUAAGUACUUGUUGGUAGAUAUAAUCUCAAUAAACACCAGUUGUCUAUUUUUUUUAAAGAUUUAUUUAUUUAUUAUAUGUAAGUACACUGUAGCUGUCCUCAGAUACUCCAGAAGAGGGCAUCAGAUUUCAUUAAGGAUUUUUUUAAAAGAUUUAUUUAUUUAUUAUAUGUAAGUACACUGUAGCUGUCCUCAGAUACUCCAGAAGAGGGCAUCAGAUUUCAUUAAGGAUGGUUGUGAGCCACCAUGUGGUUGCUGGGAUUUGAACUCAGGACCUUCGGAAGAGCAGUCAGUACUCUUAACCACUGAGCCAUCUCGCCAGCCCCCAGUUGUCUAUUUUUAAUAAGUUACUCUUUAAUUAAUUGUAUGUAUGCAUUUAUCUUGGUUUUUCGAGACAGGAUUUCUCUGUAUAACAGCUCCAGCUAUCCAUGAACUCUCUUUAUAGACCAGGCUGCCCUCAAACUCUCAAAGAUGCCCCCCUCUUUCUCCCAGUGCUGGGAUUAGAGGUGUGCACCACCAGGUCCUGCUUCUUUAAUUACAUUUAAAAAAUGCUUUUACAUGGUUUGUUGUUUGCACAGAAGAAUACAGUUUACUGUUGGUGUUGACUGUGUCUCCGGUGUCCUUUGUAAGUCGUGUUACUAAUUCUAAGAGUUCUGUUAGAUUCCUUUGGACUUGGCUCCUAUAACUGUGUCAUCUACAAAUAAUGGUUGUUUUUUCCUUCUUUGCAAUCUGUAUCUGUAUUAGCUUUUCCCCCUUUGUACAAGCUAGCAUCUGGCGUCAUGCUGAACAGAAGAGCCGGUGGUCUGACCCCCUUGUGUCACCUCCAGUCUUGAGUGCACCUUUCAUUAUUUCCUGUGGAAUGGGGUGUUUGCUGUAGACGGUUAGAUAUUCUUUCCUCGGUUGAGGACAUUGCCUUUUAGCCUAUAGAGAUGUAUACUUUAUUUUGUUGUUCUUUAAAAAACUUACAUUUUAUUAUUGUGUAUAUGUGCACAUGCAUAUACACCACAGCACGUAUGUGGAGGUUAGAGGACAACUCUCGAAGAAUGACACGGGUUUGAAUUAUCAAACCAAGGCAAUAAUUGAAAAAUAAUCUCAUAAUGUUUUAAGUAUGUUUCUAGUUUUCUAUUGAGCCCUGUUCAUAGCUAUCUUGGGGUGCAUGCAGCCUAUGGGUCUGGCUUGGGCAUGCCUGAUACUGUAUCUUAGACAGAAAGCAGCCAAUGUGGAUGCUGUGGGGUUUACUCAUUUCUUCUCUGUACAACACUGGCCGCUACAUCUUUUCCUUCCAGCUGUGAGGGCCACCACAUAGGUGAGUGUGGCCUGAGCCCAGUUCUGAGGACUCUACAGCCUCUCCCUGCUGUCUGGCCACUUACUUCUGAGACUGUCCCACCAUUCUCUGGAAGAAUGAAUGCCCUCGAUGGUGUCCCCUUCAAGGUGUCCAAGGGCUUUGUGAUGGACACAGAGCCCCACCCCGUGCCUGAGCUCAGUGUCCCGGACUGUAGAGAGCUCCUGCUGGGCACAAUGACAGGGCUUCAUGUAGCCCAGGAUGGUCUUAAAUCACUCUGAGGCCAAGAAGAACCUUGAAUUCCUGGUUUCAAACCUCUGCUUCCCAAGGGCUGAGCUCACAGGUGUGCACAGCCAUGCCCUGUCUGCGUGGUGCCGGGGUUGGAACCCAGAGCUUUGUGUGCACUAAGCGAGCACCAAGCCAUCGGAACUAAGCCCCCAGGCCCCAAGAACUCUAGUGGAGUGUUUUGAGUAUGACUUCAGCCUGGAAAAGAAGGCUCUCUUUUGGGUGGAAGCAGCCAUCCGAGGAUCUUGCUCCCAUCAGUGCAAUGACCUGGGGAUUGCAUCAGCCCCUCCAGCCUGGUUCUUACUGGCCAGUCCAAAAUACAGUCAGGUGCCUGCACCUGCUCAAAUCAGAGACCCAGAGGCUGGACUGCAAGAACCUCCUGAAGAAGAGGAGGAAGAGGAGGAGGAGGAGGAAGAAGAAACAGAAGAGAAGGGGGACGAGGAAGACACCUCCUCUGCCUGUGAGGAGGGCAUGGACUCCAGCAGCCCUCAGCCCGGCUCCCCUACAAGCCAUCGUCGCUGCUCCCUGGAUGUGCUGCGAAACAUGAGGUCUGAGCUGGCUGACGCCAGGCGGCGGCUCUCGGAGAGUAGACUAACCGCGUGUCCUCGAGCCCUCCUGCACCGCUUCCGCGGCCAUCGCACACUGAGCCUGAGCACCAGCCCGGCUCCAGCCCCUGGCCCAGCACCACAGCUCCCAAAUGUCUCGGAGCUGCCUCCACGACCCGCCACCGCCGGCGCCAUGCCUCCAUUGCGGAACCACAAGCCCACAGUUGCUUCCCUCAGCCCAUACACCUGCUUACCACCUCUGAGGGAGACACCCCAGCCCCUCGUCUCCUGUAGACUGCAUCCUGAUUCAGCACCCGACCUGCUGUCUGCCCUGACCGAAGAGGAGCAAGACCUCAUUGGGCCAGUGGUCGCCUUGGGCUAUCCCCUGGGAAGGGCCAUGGAGGCACUGCAGAAGACAGGGAGGCAGAGCCUGAGCCAGUUUCUCGGCUACCUCAGUGCCUGCGACAGGCUGCUGCGGCAGGGCUACGACGAGGCGCUGGUGGAUGAGGCCAUGGAGAUGUUUCAGUUCUCCGAGCAUCAGGCAGGGGAGUUCCUGCGGCUCUGGAAGCAGUUCAGUGACAUGGGCUUCCAGCAAGACCGGAUCAAGGAGGUGCUGUUGGUCCACGGUAAUCGGCGCGAACAGGCUCUGGAGGAGCUGGUGGCCUGUGCCCAGUGACAAGCUGGGACAUUGAUGCAUGGCUGACAGUGAAGGACCAGACCUGCCAUCCAUCCCAAUGGAAUCAUUAAAAGAUAAUGCCGGUGGUGGUGGCACACACCUUUAGUCCCAGCACUAGGGCUGCAGAGGCAGGAGGAUCUCUGAGUUCAAGGCCAUCCUGGUCUACACAGUGAGUUCCAGGACAGCCAGGGUUGCAUAGAGAAACCUUGCUGUAAAAAAACAAAAACAGUAAUUAUAAUAAAAUAAAAUAAACAAAACCUAGCAAGAUCAAAGCCAGGUGUAGUGACACAUGCCUUUAAUCCCAGCACUCAGGAGGCAGAGAAAGACAGAUUCUUGAGUUCGAGUCUAGCCUGGAGAACCAGUGCUGCACAGAGAAAACUGAUUUCAGAAAACAAAACAACAACAUUAACAACAAAGCCAAUAA